GUUUAGAGAUGUAUCUUGACUGUUUUGUUCUAUGGAGACAAACGAACGUUGUAAUAGAUGUUUGUGUUGUAAAUGAUACUGAAGCAAGAAUUAUAUUUUGUUCUUUAUCUUAUGUUUUGAGUAGGAAAUAGUUAUAUAGUUGUAUUAACGUUUACAUUAGUUAAUCAAAAUGGGUAAAGGGUUUAAUAAUUACAUGUGCAAGAAAUUUUUCCAUCCUGCGUCUCGUGACAAUCUGAAGAGAGUAUGGAUGGCAGAACAGAAAGCCGAUUCCUAUAAAAAGAAACAAGAAGAACUUCGAGUUCAGUAUGAAAAGGAACAAGAUCUAUAUACAAACAAGGCCCUGCUGAGCAAGGAGAGCAAAGACAAGCUCAGUGUGAACUUCAUGUACGAGCCCCCGCCGGGCACCAAGAAGGAGCGGGAGCGGGAAGACGACGAGCCAGAGUACAAGUUUGAGUGGCAGCGCAAGUUCAACGCCCCGAGAGAAGACUACUGUAAAGGAGAUUCUGAAAUCAGGGACCAGCCUUUUGGAAUUCAAGUGCGUAAUGUCCGCUGCAUCAAGUGCCACAAGUGGGGCCACAUCAACACAGACAAGGAGUGUCCGAUGUACAACCAGUCGUCGAGCGCCGACACCAACACGAGCUCCCUGGACCCACUGCUGCUGGUGCAGCAGAUGAGGGAGGAUGGCCUCGCCAUGAAGAGAUCCGCCUUGGACAUGCAGCAGCAGUCGUUCGUGCCGGCCAACCACCAGCUGGUGGACAGUGACAGCGAAGAUGACUGUGAAGGUGCCAAGAAGUCCGAAUUAGAAUUUCUCAAGUCGCUGUCGACUAAGCAGAAGCGGAAACUUCUCAAGAAACUUGAAAAACUUGAGAAGAAAGGAAGGAAUGGGAAAUCUGGCAAAGAUAAAACAGGACUGAAGAAGGUUAAGAAGGAGGCGAAGAGCAGCGGCAGUAGUUCCGACACCGAGCACGAAAGGAAGCACAAGAGAGAGAAGAAGGUGAACGGGGUGCGAGUCAAGGGUGAGAAUAAGAGAGAGAAGUGCGACAGCAGCGACCAGGACAAGUCCUUGGAGCAAGUGUUGGGGCGCAGCAUCAAGUUCGAAGGUCACAGCCACAAGCACUCGGGCGGUGGGAAGAGCGAAAAAAAGCACGAGCACAAACGGAAACAUACAUCGACCGAACGGAAACAUACAUUGGUCGAACGGAAACAUACGUCGGCCGUCAGCAACGAUGCUAGCUCUCGCAAGCAUGCUCGCAAAUGACUAGACUAGUUUCAUAUGUAAACUAUUGCAUUUUUCAGAAAGACUUGUGAUUUUUUCUACCAAAAUGUAGACAUGUAAACUAUCUACUACAAUGUACAGACGUAACAAUAUGUAUAUAUUCAAAGAAUUUUUUUUUCUUUUGUUAAAUGUGUUUACGUAUUUCCACAAAUUAAAUAGUACACUAUGUAUGUAUUAUUAGUGUGCUGAUUAACAGGAUGGCCACAAACCGGGAAAAGUCAGGGAAUUUGAAGCAAGUCAGGGAAAACCUAGAAAAGUCAGUAUUUUUUAUUUUAGAUAAGCUUGUUUCAGAAUUGUAAUGGCUUCUUUAAUGGCCAUUUGUUACACAAACGUGAGUUAGCUGUUUCAUUUUCAAAACAGUGUGUGCAUUUUACCAUAUUUAUUCAAAACUUGACAAUGCUGCACACAAGUUUCUUCAAGCUCCAAUGUUAAUUAACUUGCUGUUGUUUGAAUGACAGCAGACAUCUUGCAUAUGGUUUGAAAGUGCAUAUAUUUUUGAAAAAAGACUUUGCAAUUAUUAUAUAUGGCGGCUGAUAAUCUCUAAAAUGAUAACAAUUUAUGAGGAAAUGUAAAAUCAUGUUACAGGAAUAAAGUCGACAUAUAUGUGACUGGGGGAAAAAAUUAAAUUGUGGCCAAACUUGUAACGGUGCUUCACUUCAGUAAACAAAACAUCUUCAUUAGGCACGGUACUCAUUUUUCAGUCAUGACCAUUUUUUUUCCCCCUCUCUUUAAGGUAAACAUAUCAUUCACAGUUAAUCCACAGAUAAAAUAUUUUCUGCCUAAUAUCUGUAGAGACAUGAAUUUACAGUUUACUUCAAGAAUAUUAAUGGAAGUAUUGAAACUUUUAAUAGUAUUCUUGCAGCAAGAAUAUAGCGUCUAAAAAUAACUGGUAGACGUCUAAAACAGUACCGAGAAUGCUACGGUAAACCUUUAAGGCAUUUUAUAAUUUUGGAAUGAUUACACAAUAAUAAUUGAAAUAUGAUUCUAAGGUCUUUGUUUAAGUUUGGUAUGAGGCUUAUUCUAAUCAAAUAUCAGGGGUGUGAGACUUAUACAAGUAAUUCCAAAGGAUAAUCAAUAGCUUUUCUGUAAAAAUUAUUAAUUAGAAACUCCAAGUAGCAUUUUUUUUUCAAUAUAUUUUACAAUAUUCUUUAAUAGGUGUUGUGAUACAAGUGGUUAGGUUAGAUUACAUAUUACAAAUACAUAUGUACUGUGAUAUUGUGAGAAUUAUCAGUUAGGUUAUCUGCAUUAAUAAUCCUGAGAUAUUGUUUGAACUAAUUGGUUAGGAAUUACCAAUAUAAUGAAGCUAACUUAAACUAACCAAACAUAUUUAUUAUAUUAUAGUGUUUUUAAUGAAGCUAACUUAACCACUCUUUAAAAUGGUAAAUUACUAGUAAACUACUUGUAUUAUCACAAUGCCCUCUUAAAGAAUAUACAUAAUUGGAAAACAUGUUAGGAAGUGAAAAAAAAGUAUGAAUUUUUAUUAUAAUUUUUGCGGAAAAGUGGCUCUCCUUUAGAAUUACUGUCUCUUAUUUUGGAAACUUAAUUGUCCGCUACAAUUCAUUAGUGUUACUUGCAUAUUCUCAUAAUGUUUUUCUACAUGGAUAAUAAACAAAUAGAAAUAUGUACAUAUGACAUUUAUAUUGCCCUAUAUUAAAUAAAAUUAAGUUCAAUCUUUGUUUACUCAUUUGUCUGUUGAAUACUGCUGCUUGAUUAAAGAACACCGAUUCAUUUUUAAAAGUGUAGUGGUGUAACAGUGCAAAAUAAGGGUCAGGGAAAACUUGGAAAAUUCAUGGAAUUUCAUUUGAGAUUUUGUGUGGCCAACCUGAUUAAGCAUAUAAUGAAUUAGCUAAUUUAAAUUCUAUAUUCAUUGUGGUUAAGUCAUUUGUGCGAUAUAGAUACCCAUUUUAAACCAAAAACAUGAACUUAUGCAGCAUUUUAAUCACAAAAACUAUUUAGUUAUUUUACUACUGCCUUGCGAAAUACAGCCAUUAAAAGAGCAACGUAGUUGCAAUAGUGCAUAAGUUAGUAGUCACUAUCGAUCUACCACCUUGCAAUACAAAAGUAGCUUAAUUGCAUAUAAUUAACUUUGGCAAAACAGAUGUUGCAAUGUGAAUAAAAAAAUUAAAUUAAACAGUGGUUCCAGAAUCCCAAGAAUAUUGGCAGAAAAUGUGUUCAUAAUAUGUCCUGCCUGAAAUAUUAUCUGACCACAGAAAAUUACUGAAACUGGUGACUAAACACUGAUGAGGGCUAAAUUAAUAUUUCCUGCUUUAAAUACUUUUUCUUGUGCUUCUUUGAAAAAUAUUGAAACAGGGUUCUACUGUAAUUUAUUUCUGGACAUUCCACCAGCCACCCGUAAAUCAGUAAAAUGGGUUUCAAUAGUUUGUAACGUCUAGGUGUAACCAUGUGUGGAUAAAUAAAGUAUUUCAUUAAAA